AAGCCCCAGCCAGCAUGCACGUUAUCCUGUAGGGCACCUCGAUCACUUGUUUUCAGGAGGGGAAUUAAAAACAAGAGAGCUCAGGUAGCAAGCUCUGUUUUCAUGACAACUUGUGGCUCACCGCACUUGGGCCCAGCACUCCUGCACCAAUGGCCUUUGUAACCGCCUUCUUCGCAGGCGCCCAAGCCGAAGUCGCCGAAGAGGAGUACCUGAUCGUCGAUUGGGCUUGUUCUUGGCCUGCUUCAGAGUUUGGACAGAUGAUUACCUAUACAUGCAGGUCGACCAGCUUGUUCUGCUCUUUGAGAAGCUCUUCGAGGAUCCUUCUCCUUCUUGGCUGUUGGACCGCUGAAAAGCUUGUCGCUCAUCCACAAGGCCAAGCUCAUGGCCCCAUCAUCCGGAAAGAGGUGGCGAAGAUUUCGAUGGAGUUUUCGAUGGUUCGUGCAGUGGGCUUCGCUGGCUCUGCAGUACCUGAGAGAAGGAGAAAAUCCAUGCCAUGGAUCGUGGCCUGUGGCGCGAGAGGUUGAGCCCGAUCGAAGGG